AUGCAGGAAAAAGUACCUCCAGGCUACAAGCCCGGCAAAAAACGGGUCUUCUACUCGUCAGCGGUGCCUGAGCAGGUGCUCGCGGCGGUGAAAAGCUCCAAACUCGACCACUUCUACGUCUUUCUUAUCGCUGCUUUGGCGUUUGUCUUGAGGUUCUACAGGCUUCCUUCUCCGUCGCAGGUUGUGUUUGACGAAGUGCAUUUUGGCGGUUUUGCAAGAAAAUAUUUCCACGGAGAGUUUUUCGUCGAUGUCCAUCCGCCACUCGGAAAACUCAUCUUCUACGCCGUGGCCGUUUUGUUCAAUUGGAACGGAGAGUUUGAGUUUGAGAACAUCGGCGACGCGUUUGAUGAAAAUGUGCCUUACGUGGCCAUGAGAGCCGUUUCGGCGGUCGCUGGAAUGAUCACCGUUUUGCUUACCUACGGCAUUUUGAGGUCGACAUGCUGCAGACCGUUUGUGGCGUUCUUUGGUGCCUUCUUGGUGCUUGUGGAGAACUCUUUGGCCACACAGUCCCGCUACAUUAUGCUUGAUAGCCAGCUUGUGGCGUUUGUGGCGGCAACCGUGUACUUCUACAAGCUGUUUGAGGUCUCUAUCCCAUUCUCGAAGAACUGGUAUAGGUAUUUGUUCCUCACGGGUAUGCUGCUUGGACUUGCCACGUCUGUGAAGCUCACCGGCUUGUUCACUCUUGCGUGGGUGGGUGCUUUGUCAGCGUACCAGAUCUACCUCAUUUCUGGUGAUCUCGAGGUCCUGGUGAAGCAGUUCUUGAAACACAUCUUCAGCCGUCUUGUGGCUUUCUUGCUUGUUCCAUUGACGAUCUACUGUGGAAUUUUCUCCCUCCACUUCAUUUUGUUGCCUAGAGGCGGUACUGAUGCCGGGUUGGUCAGUCCUCGUUUCAAAGCACAGUUCAUUGACUCAAGUGAAAUGAAGGAAACGGCCGUGGAUGUGUCCUACGGCAGCACCAUCACCCUCAAGCACCACCGUCUCAACCUGUACUUGCACUCCCACAACUUUACCUACAAAACUGGCACUGGAGAGCAGCAGGUGACGAUGUACGAUUACGAUUUUGAUGCCAACAACGAGUGGGUCAUUGAGACUACUGGAACCAACUACGAUGGUAAGUUCGACACCAAGUUCCGCCCUAUUAAGGACGGUGACCACGUCAAGUUGUACCACAAAUUCACCCACAAGUACUUGCGUGCCAACAACAUGAGACCACCAAACUCUGAGCACGACUACUCCAACGAGGUCUCCUGUAAAGGCAACAGAACGGACACCCAGGAGAGCGCUUACGAGUGGAAGGUCAAAAUCGUUGGUCGCAAGCCUCACGCUGAAAACCAGUUACCUAACAUCAAGUUGAGAGCUACAGAGUCUGUGUUCCAGUUGGUCCACAGAGGCACCAAUUGUGUGCUUAUGGGUCACGACACGAGGCUUCCAGACUGGGCUUUCCACCAGUACCAGGUCUUUUGCGUUAACGAGCCUACCAUGCCAAACACCCUCUGGUACAUUGAGCACAACAGCCAUCCUAUUAUUGACAAGGAUACUGAGAAAUACCCUCGCGUGAAGCUUCCAAAGAUGCUGCUUUACGAGAAGUUGCUUGAGUAUCACAACGCCAUGUGGAGACUCAACAAGGCAUUCGUCAAGCCACACAAGUAUGCUACUCUUCCUUAUGAAUGGCCGUUUGUCACCAAAGGCAUUGCUUUCUUCACAAGUGGCAGCGCCGACAAAACAUUAUCGGACGAACCCGGUAGCAACGUCUACUCCAUUGGCAAUAUCGCCAUUCACUACUUGGGCAUCUUCUUGAUUGUGUCGUUUUCUAUUAAGUUCGGUUUCUAUGUGCUCAAGCACUUGAAUCCGUUCCACAUCCCCGUGGAAGCCGUACCAACGACAGUGUACUAUUACUCGACCGCCAGCUUCCUUCUUGGCUGGGUUUUGAACUAUUUCCCUUACUUCCAAAUGGACAGGCAGUUGUACAGCCACCACUACCUCACUAGUGUGUUUUUCAUGGUCUUGGCCAUCGCCCAGUUUGCAGAGUACCAGAUGAGCAAGAAACGCCGCAAGAUGGUUCCCUGGUUGGGACUUUGA